ACAACUGCUUUCAUCGGGACGGCAUACAUUGAACUGAGGUCUAUGUUGUUUCACGGAGAAUACCUUUCAGAUCGUUCAGCAAGCUCGUGAGGGUCUCGGCGGAACAGCUUGAACGUACCAUCAACAUACGGGUGACUUUGAUAAGCAGCUCGAGGACACAUUCAACACCUCAUUAGCAAAAUUUGGAAUGGGUCCUCCACAGCAUAGGCGAGGUGACAAAAGAAAGAAAAGCAUUGCCCGAAAACGUGCACGACAUAGUGAGAAUGAAACUGAGGAGGUCCAAAGGUGGGGGGAAUUGCAUGAUUCCGUCGUGGAGAAGAUUCUCAGCUACAUCCCGGUUCCCAAGCUGCUCCAAUUCAGAAGCGUUUGCAAGCACUGGAAACGGAUGAUCGAUUCUCCGCAGUUUCGAUGCCUCCGACACCAAGUUCCUAGCACGACGCAGACCAGUUUCCUGGUGCUACAGCUCUGCUUCAGCCAUGCCUACAUGGGCUGCGACUGGAUUUCACUGCACAACAACUACUUCGCCUUCAACAGCCUCAACAUUCGCGUCUUGCGCAUUUUCAAUCCUCUCCUGAACUCAUGGUACACGUUUCCUCCCUCGGUCCUCACACGGGGAGAGAUCUUCUCCAGGUCGUACCACCGUGGACUGUGGUGCAUUCAACUUCUGAGUAACGGGGGAGACGGAGACAUGACGCAGAUCAUGAUCCACAAUCCCACCUCGGGAUGGAUCAAAGAGGUACCAAGCUCAAUAAAUCCCAAACUGAAGGUGCUUAUUUCGUUGGUGGUGGAAAAGGAGUCGAGCAACUUCAAACUUAUUUCCAGUGGUUGCACCAUCGCCGGAUGCACAUUCAGGCAAGAAGUGAGUCUUCAUACACAAGUGUAUGAUUCUGUUACCAACAGGUGGAAAUCGGCAGGGAAUCUUCCCAAUCCAUUCUUGCAGUUCAAGACCGAUGGGUACCUGCACGUGAUGUACGCCGUGGCUGAUCACUAUGUUUACUACAUAGUGGGCCGAUCCAGAAGAACACAGGCAGAGUUGGACAGCUCCGACAUAGAAGUGGGCACUUCUGAGUUCCAUUGGAACUGGUUCACGAACCUCUUGGCAUUCGACCUGAAUGAUUACGUGUGGAAGCUCGUCCCCGGUGACUUGCCAUUCGAGGUCACGAGGAGAUCGAAGAUUAAGCUGUUCGAGAGAAAUGGUGCGCUCGUCCUCGUCGAGCUCGCUCAGACCGAAGAACGUGAAUGGAAAAUGUCCAUUGGCUGGAAACCAAGGAUCUACUCCUGGGACCGCCAGAGCUCCCCGGAUAUGUUAAUAUGGACAGAGAUUGCAGUCACCCCUCCGCCCACGGAGCGGCAGUUUCAGAAGCUCUUCUACCAUCAACGUGGUCAUGAGUAUGCAGGACUGUGGGCCGGCCAAGGAGAUUGUAUUGUCUUCUUCUCCGGUACUUUCUGGGGCCAUCGUGCGCUGCUCUACAACAUUUCCUCGAGAAUUUGGACUGUGUCGGAGUUUGGUCCUAAGAGGCCAAAGAGAUCCAAGUGGUUCAUGCCGUUGCCUUUCGACCUGAGCCUCAACCGUUAGCCCCUACUUUACGUAUAUCAGCUGUGCCAGUAUAGAUUAAUACUUUUGUGAGCUAUCCAUACGGAUGCAGUUUACAAUGAAGCUCAAGGCUAGCUGAAUUAUUUCCUUCGAUUUGUUUUACUGCUAUUUCGAUUUUUCUGUAGUUAUAAUAGUUAUGAUUUGGUUUGCCCUUAUCAACUAUAAGUAGUAUCAUUUGUGUUAAUUGUACUAUAGAUUAAGGCGCG